AUGGCAGCGGGUGAGCACGAGCAUGUGGUGUUCUUUGAUGGCGAGUGCCUGCUUUGUCUGGGGAGCGUCUCGUGGCUGAGUGAGCAUGAUCCAGACGUUUUGCUGCGGUUUGCGCCGAUGCAGGGCGUAACGGCCCAUGCGCUCCUGCCAGCGGCUGUGCGCGACGAUCCCGAGUCUUUUGUGUACUUGCGGCGCGGCGAGCAGCUGGUGCGGUCGCAGGCAGCGUUGGCUGUGGUGCAGGCGACUGGGUGCGAGCCGUGGGCGAGCAUGGCGCGAGUGGCGGGGGCGGUGGUGCCACAGGCGCUUGCCGACGCGGUCUACGGCCUGGUGGCACGCCACCGGCUGCAGGUCUUUGGGCGGGUCGAGGCCGACAAGCCCGGAACGUCGGCGUGCCCGUUGCCGUCUCCAGAGCAGGCGCGGCGGCUGCUGCCUUGACUAGUGGCGAGCGGGCGCGAGGAAGAACUCGAUGACUGCGUUGCGCAGCUGGGCGUGGUUGAUGGUCGGCGGAGUGUGGGGCAUCCCGUUGAGAACCACGCGCUCGACGGCGUAGUCGGCCGGCGAGGCCGCAUGGCGGACGACGGUGCAGUUGAGCGGGGCGAGAAAGACCUUGGCAAAGACUGGCGAGCCGAGGAUGUACUCAUCAGAUCCGCCGAGCGGGUAGAAGCCCCACGACGCAAAAGCGGCCCACGACGAGAGCUCUCCGUAGUCGUCGUUGCCCGGGAUGCCACCGGGCUCGGUAGUGUAGACCUUGUCGAGCAGCUUGCGAGUGAUCCGCUCGGUCAGCGCCCGCCCGCCGGGCACAAGCGCCGGCUGCCACGGGACGAGUAGGUCGGGUUCGUUGCCGGCCCAGUAGAACGGGUUGGGGAGGAAGGUCGACGGGUCGUCGAACGAGCGGUCGAGGAACUUGCCGACAGCGUGGAGGAAGGCGGCCGGUCCGCCCAUGAGCUCUGCGAGCGCAGUCGUGUUCUGCGGGACAAAGUACGACCACUGCCAGGCGUUGCCCUCGGUGAAGAGCGUGCCCCACUCGAUGUCGUUCGGGGGCAGUCGACGGCGCCGGCGCAAGUCCGACCGCACAUGAUGCCGCGGCCGCUGUUCCACAGCUUUCGCGGAGCGGCCUGCGCGCGGGCGGCAAAGUAAGCCGCGUCGUCGGUCUUGCCCAGCGCCACCGCCAUGUUAGCAAUGGCCCAGUCGUCGGCGGCGUAGGCGAGCGUCCUCGAUACCGAUCGCGAGCUCUUGUCCGAGCACACGUAGCCGAGGCGGACGUAGUCGGCGACGUCGGAGCGCCCGGCCUCGCGCUGCGACUCCAUGGCCGAGGCGCGAAAGGCGGCGUAGAGCGAGGUCAGGUUGUAGUUGCGGAUGCCUUUGGCCCAGGCCUCGGCCACAAUAAGGUCGGCAUGGGUCCCGAUCAUGCAACCGGUGUAGCCGUUGGCCAGAGGCCAGCGCGGAACGUACCCGCCCUGCGCCCGCAUCAGAUCGAGCGAGUGCACAAAGUCGCCGAGGUACGCCGGCUGCAGGAUCGAGAGCAGGCCCAUCUGCGAGCGAAAGACGUCCCACAGCGAGCCAUCGGACGCGUACGCGUUGUGCGCAUCGUCGAGGCGGUGGACCUUGCUGUCAAAGCCGAGAUACACCCGACCGGCCUCGAGAUAGUUUGUCGGCGCCGAGUGGGCGUGGUAGAGCGCGGUGUAGUACUUGGUAGCCAGCUCGGGCACGGCGCCGCCGUCGUCGACCACCGCCGCGUUGCCCAGGACCGCCUCCCAGUCGGCGAUCGACGCCGCCAGCGCAGCGUCAAAGUCGGAUGCGGUCGCCUGCUCGUGCGCAAGGUUGGCCGCGGCCUGCUCGGCCGAGAUGAUCGAGAUGCCGAGCGCGAGCUCGAGCUUGCCGG